AUGAACAUUUUACACUCAACACUUUCUACCUGGCGCGAUCGUCUGGCCCCGGUCUCCCGCACUUCAACCUUUCGCGCAACCGGCCAAAUCACACCGGAGGAGUUCGUCCUCGCCGGCGACUAUCUCGUCUACAAGUUUCCCACAUGGUCCUGGGCCGAUGCAUCCACCCCCGCUAAGCGGGUAUCCUAUCUACCACCUGGCAAGCAGUUCCUCGUCACUCGCGGUGUGCCGUGUCACCGGCGGUUGAACGAUAACUUUGCCGGGGAUGCGGGUCAUGAGGAUGAGAUCGUGAGGGAUAUGCUUGCGGGUGAAGGUGGCGAGGGUGCAUCGGGAGGAGAUGGAGAUGACGGCUGGCUCCGGACUGGAGGUGGUCGUGAUACCGUUGCAGAUCGUGAUAUGCAAGAGGCGAAGAUCCGCGAUGUACGGACGGUGGACGAAUCAGGCAACCUCGGCGAACAAGAAGAGGAAGAAGAGAUACCGGAUAUGGAGGAUGAUGACGACGACGAGGAGGCGAUUAUUCGCGAGCCUGCUGGACAGUCUGGGACAACUCAGCCCCUCCGCACUUAUACUCUUUAUAUCACAUACUCAAACUUCUACCGGACACCACGACUCUACCUCUCAGGUUACUUGUCUCCGUCCGAGCCUCUCCCUCCACACCUGAUGAUGGAGGAUAUUGUCGGCGACUACAAAGACAAGACCGUGACACUGGAGGACUUCCCCUGGUUCGAAGGCAGUGUAAAGAUGGCCACCGUCCAUCCCUGCCGCCACGCAUCCGUCAUGAAGACUCUGCUUGAUCGAGCCGAUGCCGCCCUUAAGAUCCGCAUGGAGAAGCUGAAGCAGACCCAGUCGCGCGAGCAAGCAAACCGCACCCUACAGGCCGGUGGAAGCGGUGGGCUCGAGGGACUCGUCGACGAUACGAAGGGCUUGUCACUUAGCGAACAUGCACAGCAGCAGCCCGGUGGUGACGAGUGGGAAGUCCUGCAAGCCGAUGAAGAGGAGCAAGUUGCUAUCCGCGUGGAUCAGUAUUUGGUUGUAUUCCUCAAGUUCAUCGCCAGUGUGACACCUGGUAUUGAGCACGACCACACGAUGGGAGUCUAA